GUGUUUAACUCACUGAUAUAUGCCGCCUGUGCACCACGUGACUUCCUUUCCUGUCUAAGCUCCCAACAUGGACGCCAGCCGCGUGCAGCCGAUCAAGCUCGCAAGAGUCACCAAAGUUAUCGGAAGAACUGGUUCACAGGGCCAGUGUACACAGGUCCGUGUUGAGUUCAUGGACGACAGCAACCGCUCCAUCAUCAGGAAUGUGAAGGGGCCAGUCAGAGAAGGAGAUGUGCUCACACUUCUGGAGUCUGAAAGAGAAGCCAGGAGGCUGCGAUAGGGCUCCUGAAGCGAUGAGGUGCCAAACCAGAGCUUUGGGACAGAGGAUUCCAGUUCCACCAGCUAUGGCCUACAUCUCACCUGUUCAGAUGUUUUGGAAAUAAAUUUGGUCGUCAAGA